AGAGAGAGAGAGAGAGAGAGAGAGAGAGAGAGAUGCAGAGCCUGCAGGAGAAGGCGGCGCAAUGGAGCGGCGUUGACCAGGAGGACGCCUUCGCCAUCGACGGCACCAACCUCUUCGAGAAGCUCGGCCUCCCCACCUUCGUCAAUCUCUCCACCAAUUUCUACACCAGGGUGUACGAUGAUGAAGAAGAAUGGUUUCGGUCGAUCUUUGCGAAUUCAAAGAAGGAAGAAGCAAUUCAAAACCAAUAUGAAUUCUUUGUGCAAAGAAUGGGCGGUCCACCACUGUAUUCCCAGAGGAAAGGUCAUCCUGCAUUAAUUGGGCGCCAUCGACCCUUUCCUGUCACCCGUCAAGCAGCGGAAAGGUGGUUGCAUCACAUGCAACAAGCACUAGACAGCAUUGCUGAAAUUGACGAUGACUCAAAGACUAAGAUGAUGAACUUUUUCAGGCACACAGCAUUCUUUCUUGUGGCUGGCGAUGAGUUGAAGAAUCAAAACCAACAAGUUCCAUGUAAGCAUGCGGCCAGCAAACCAGCUGCUGCUUGAAGUUUGGAUGAUAGAGUACACUCUCCUCCAAUUUAGUUAGAAAAUUGAGAUUAUAAUCAUCUCCAAUGUAGCAGAACCGGAUAAGACUGUAAUAGAAGUAUGCUGAAAGCUCAUUUAUCAAUAUCAUUGGGUCUAGAACGUUGAAAGAGCUUUUGCUGUCUUUGUCAACAGACAGAAAAGGUCUUGCAGAAUGAAUUGUAUCAGGUCAAUCUCUCGUUUAAACAGCGGUCACUUUUUCAGACAGAUUUAUUUCAGUUCUGCAGCAUUUCUGUCGUAGCCUUAUGGAGUAAAAACAUUUGGGAGGUGAAAAAA